AGACUUUUUUUUUUAAAGAUAAACUAAUUGGACUAUUGGUUUACCUGUGGUUCCUAUCUCAAAGCUUCUUGGCUGAGAAUGGGUUUAAUGAUUACCUUUUAUAACCUCUGUACUUAAGCUGCUGCUGCUUCUGCGUGUUCUGGUUUCAGACAUGGACACGUCUUGCUGUCUAACUGGUUGGUAAAUCUAACGGGAGAGAUAAAGAAAUAUACUAUACAAAGAUUCCUGGAGCCUGAUUAGCACCAAACAAAUCUAAAUAAAUAAGAGAUUUCAUCAAGUAAACCAAAUGGGUGAAGAAAGCUUGAGGAAAAGAAAAGGAGAACACAGCGGAAAAGAGGAUGGACAAUCUGUUCAGAGUCAUGAACCCCAAACGAUGAACCUACAAAAGCAGGUGGGCCUCAUCAGUGGAAUCUGUAUGAUUGUUGGUACAAUUAUCGGCUCAGGUAUCUUUGUUUCUCCAAAAUCAGUACUUGCCAAUGUUGGAGCUGUGGGUCCUUGUUUAACCAUCUGGGCAGCCUGUGGAAUUCUUGCAACAUUAGGGGCCCUUUGUUAUGCUGAGCUUGGUACAAUGAUUACAAAAUCCGGAGGAGAAUAUCCUUACCUUAUGGAAGCAUUUGGCCCAAUUCCAGCGUUUUUGUUUUCUUGGACAAGCUUACUUGUCACAAAACCCAGUUCAUUUGCCAUCAUUUGUCUCAGCUUUGCAGAAUAUGCAUCAACUCCUUUUUAUCCAGGUUGUGAUCCACCCCAAGUUGUCAUCAAGUGUCUUGCUGCAGCUGCCAUUGUGAUAAUUACAAUAGUGAAUUCACUGAGUGUGAAGUUGGGAAGCUAUCUUCAGAAUUUUCUCACAGCUGCUAAAAUGAUCAUUGUCACAAUCAUUAUUGUAAGUGGGAUUGUUCUCCUUGCACAAGGAAAAACUGAAAACUUUGAAGAUUCUUUUAAGGACAGUAAAAUUUCUGUUAGUUCUAUUGGUUUGGCAUUUUAUAACGGGCUCUGGGCGUACGAUGGAUGGAAUCAACUCAAUUACAUCACAGAAGAACUUAAAAAUCCUUACAGAAAUCUACCGCUAUCUAUAAUUAUUGGAAUCCCCUUGGUUACAGUUUGUUACGUUCUGAUAAACAUUUCAUAUUUCACCGUAAUGACUUCAACAGAACUCCUGCAGUCCCAGGCAGUUGCUGUGACAUUUGGAGACAGAGUCCUUUAUCCAGCCUCUUGGAUAGUUCCUCUCUUUGUGGCGUUUUCUACAAUUGGAUCUGCCAAUGGGACCUGUUUUACUGCAGGCAGACUUGUUUAUGUUGCAGGUCGUGAAGGGCACAUGCUAAAGGUGCUAUCUUACAUUAGCGUUAAACGCUUAACACCAGCACCCGCUAUCAUAUUUUAUUUUCGCAGUCUGGAUAUUUUAUGGUUUAACCACUGUUGGACUCAUUGUAAUGAGGUUUACAAGAAAAGAACUCAGGAGACCAAUCAGGGUAAGUUCAGCAUUCAGUGUAUCUUCUCCUCCACUCCCAGAAAUACUAAUACAGGAACUCAACCUAAAUAUUUGGGUAUUUAAAGAACAUCCUCAGGCAGACUCCUUGGGUUUUGGUUUCCCCCCCCUUACCUGAAACCUAGCUAUUUAUUUGUAGUUCGUCUCUUUGUUCCAGUUUUGCACUAGGACAAAGCUCAUAAGGGCCAGGAAAAGAUUACACAACUUCCAUUUUCACUUGCACAUACCACAAGCACAAGCCAGAUUUUCAGGGAAUGGGAAACUGCAAUCAGCAGAGUACCCGAAAUAAGACCCCAGGUCACUGCACUGGAGUCAGCUCCCAGAUUCAUUAAAAUGCAAAUUUUUCCACUGCAACUGGGAACAGACAGAUCUGUCAAUGAUUUAGCAAAAGAGUUUUCCCUAUCCAU